ACCGCCAUCUUUCGCAGAGCAAUGUCUACAGUACCUGAGGCGUCCGCGGCCCCCACGACCAAGUCAGCCGCCAAGAAGGAGGCCAAACGGCUCGAGAAGGAGGCCAAGCUUGCUGCGAAGGCCCUCAAGACAGCCGCCGCUCCCAAGUCCACCAAGGAGAAGGUGAAGAAGGAGAAGGCCGAUGAGCAGGAGUUCGUGAACACCACCCCGGCCGGGGAGAAGAAGGACCUGUCGCAGCCCAUGUCCGCGGGGUACAACCCGACGGCGGUAGAGGCGGCCUGGUAUGACUGGUGGGAGGCGCAGGGCUACUUCAAGCCGAAGGAGGACGACGGCAGCCCGACAUUCGUUAUGCCCUCGCCACCACCGAAUGUCACUGGCAGCCUUCACAUUGGACACGCGCUGACAACCGCCAUCCAAGACUCGCUCGUGCGUUGGCACCGCAUGCGGGGCUACCGCACGCUUUUCGUUCCCGGGUUCGACCAUGCAGGCAUUUCCACCCAGUCCGUGGUUGAGAAGCGGCUGUUCAAGCUUACCGGAGAGACGCGACAUGACCUUGGACGCGAGAAGUUCGUGGAGAAGGUUGGGGAGUGGAAGGACGACUACAUGAGCCGUAUCUCCAACCAGCUACGCAGGCUCGGCGGCUCUUACGACUGGUCACGCAAGGCUUACACCAUGGAUCCUCCACUUUACCGCGCUGUCAUCGAGAACUUCUGCAGGUUGCACGAAGAUGGGAUUAUCUACCGCGCCAACCGCCUCGUCAACUGGUGUGUGCGGCUGAACACGACUUUGUCCAAUCUCGAGGUCGACCAAAAAGCAUUGAACGGCCGCGAAUUCCUGUCUGUCCCCGGGUACAAGGAGAAGGUCGAGUUCGGCGUCAUCACCUCGUUCGCAUACCCCAUAGAGAACUCAGACGAGAAGAUCAUCAUCGCCACCACCCGUCCGGAAACCAUGCUCGGAGACACGGCCAUCGCCGUCCACCCCGACGACGCGCGCUACAAGCACCUGCACGGCAAAUUCGCCAUCCACCCCUUCAUCCCCGGCCGCAAGAUGCCCAUCAUCACCGACGCGGAGGCCGUCGACAUGGAGUUCGGUACCGGUGCCGUGAAGAUUACGCCCGCGCACGACCCGAACGACUACGCUGUCGGUACAAGGCAUAACCUCGCUUUCAUCAACAUCCUCAACGACGACGGGACCCUCAACGAGAACGCGGGCGAGAAGUUCGCGGGCAUGCCGAGGUUCAAGGCGCGCGUGGAGGUGGUGAAGGCACUCGAGGCGGCCGGUCUGUUCGUGGAGAAGAAGGACAACCCGAUGCAGAUCCCGAUAUGCAGCAAGUCCGGAGAUGUCAUUGAACCCAUCCUCAAGCCACAGUGGUGGGUGAACUGCAAGCCUCUUGCCGAGGAAGCGAUCAAGCGCACAAGAGCCGGCGAACUCCUCAUCCAGCCCAAGCAGUCCGAGAACGAGUGGUACCGGUGGUUGGAGGGCAUCCAGGACUGGUGUAUCUCGCGUCAGCUCUGGUGGGGUCACCGUGUGCCGGCAUACUUUGUUAACGUCGAGGGCGCGGAGCAGGACAAAAUCGACGGCAAGCACUGGGUCGUUGGGCGGACACUCGAGGAGGCGACCGAGCGCGCCAAGGCGUUCGCUAAUGGCAAGCCGUUCACCCUCGAGCAGGACGAGGAUGUCUUGGAUACCUGGUUCUCCUCCGGCCUCUGGCCCUUCUCUAUCAUGGGUUGGCCAGAAAAUACCUUCGACUACCGCAACUUCUACCCCUCCUCCAUCCUCGAGACCGGCUGGGACAUCCUCUUCUUCUGGGUCGCCCGCAUGGUCAUGCUCGGCCUCAAGCUCACCGACCAGAUGCCCUUCCGCGAGGUCUACUGCCACGCCAUGAUCCGCGACGCGCACGGGCGCAAGAUGAGCAAGUCGCUCGGGAACGUCAUCGACCCGCUCGACGUGAUCCAGGGCUGCGAGCUCGAGAAGCUGCACGCGCAGCUGCUCGAGGGCAACCUCGACGAGAAGGAGAUCAAGAAGGCGAAGGAGGGCCAGAAGAAGGACUUCCCCAAGGGCAUCCCGCAGUGCGGCACGGACGCGCUGCGCUUCGCGCUGUGCGCGUACUCGGGCGGCGGGCGCGACAUCAACCUGGAGAUCCUGCGCGUAGAGGGGUACCGGAAGUUCUGCAACAAGAUCUUCAACGCGACGAAGUUCGCGAUGCUGAAGCUCGAUGAAUCGUUCGUGCCGCAGCCGACGGCGAAGCCCACCGGGAAGGAGAGCCUUGUCGAGAAGUGGAUUUUGCACAAGCUGAACGUCGCCGCGAAGGAGCUCAACGCGCAGAUGACGGAGCGCAACUUCAUGAUGGCGACCACGGCGGCAUACAACUUCUGGCUAUACGAGCUCUGCGACGUCUACAUCGAGGCGAUGAAGCCGAUGACGGACGAGGGCGCGUCGGCCGAGACGAGACGAUCCGCUCAAGAGACCCUGUACACCUGCUUGGACCACGGGCUUAGACUCUUGCAUCCCUUCAUGCCGUUCGUGACGGAGGAGCUGUGGCAGCGCUUGCCCAGACGACCGAACGACUCGACGCCUUCGAUCAUGCUGUCCAAGUUCCCUGAAUCUAGCCACGACUUCACCUUCGACGAGGCCGAGAAGCAGUUCGACCUCGUCUUCUCCGCGCUCAAGACCGGACGAUCGCUCGCGGCGUCGUACAGCUUGCAGAACGACAUCCAGUUCUUCAUACUCGCCCAGUCUGACGCGGACGCGGCGCUCUUUGAGUCUCAGGUGCCCACGAUCGUCGCGUUGACGAAGGGCUGCAAAUCGGCGAAGGUCGUGCGCGAGCUCAAGGAGAUUCCUGAAGGCUGCGGUGCCGCUGUCGUCACCCCCACUGUCGCCAUCCACACCCUUGUCCGAGGUCUCGUCGACUUGGACGUUGAGAUCUCAAAAUGCGACAAGAAGCUCGACGUCGUGCGUCUGGCGCACCAGAAGAUCGUCAAGACGGAGUCGCAGGCGGACUAUGAGCAGAACGUCCCGGAGAGUGUGCGCACAGCGAAUGCUGACAAGCGCAAGACGUUAGAGGCUGAGAUCGCUACGCUGGAGCUUUCGAAGGAGAUGUUCUCGAAUCUGAAGUAAAUUAGAAGACGGCCUACAGCUGCGUAUGUUUCCAGUAUGCCAUAGUACGUUGUCGAAGCCCUACAUCAAGGAAUAAUCGUGCAGUUUCAAGAACGAGAAUAAUACUGGGAAGAUGUAUCGUCAUGAUUGUCUUCGGUGACCUUAAAUCCAUCUAAUUCUUCGCAGACUUUCCUCGCGUCCGCGAAGGCUGUGCGCCUCAGACCUCAGGAACAACCGCUGCCACGGUCUAGUCUACCUUUCUUGAGCGCUUUGCCGACCUGGGUCUACCAACCCUUGACUUCGACGGAGAAUCC